CAACCAGAUGCUGCCUUUGCCUUGGCUUUCAAAGACUUUGGAGGCAUCCUCAGGGGAACUCUUGGUGUCCUUCUGCUCUACCAAAAUUGCAGAACGUAGUCAUGUGGAGCAGGCUUGGAUGGUGGGCAGGGUAGUCCUUUGGGUGUGCAGUGUUGAGAGGCUCUUCAGGUUUCCUGAGGGCAGAGGGGUUCAGCGUUUGCUCCUCCAUGCUGUGGCUGGGCCUUGCAAUUGCUUCACGGGGUCUGGCUGGAAGGGAGGUUGGAAACUUUGCCAGCCACGCGCCACCCUCAUCUCCCUCCUCAGAUGUGGACCAACAGCAUCAACCAGGAAAAUAAGAUGGCCCUGCAUGCCUGGGCAAAAGAAACUGGCAUUGACCUCGUGCAGGUCAACGGGCAGAGGCGAUAUGGUGGCCCCCCACCAGGCUGGGUGGGCAACCCCCCGCCGGCUGGCACGGAGGUGUUCAUCGGGAAGCUGCCGCAGGACGUCUAUGAGAACGUGCUGAUCCCGCUCUUCCAGAGCGUGGGGAAGCUCUACGAGUUCCGCCUCAUGAUGACCUUCAGUGGCCUCAACCGGGGCUUUGCCUACGCCAAGUACAGCAACCACCGCGGCGCCAAGGAGGCCAUCGCAACCUUCAACAACUUUGAGGUGCGGCAGGGCUGCGCCAUCGUGGUCUGCAAGAGCAUGGAGAAGUGCGAGCUGAGCAUGGAUGGCCUGGCCGCCUCGGUGGGCCAGCAGGAGCUGGAGGCCACGCUGCGGCGGAUCACGGAGGGGGUCCUCAGCAUCACCCUCUACACCAGCCCCUCCCAAAAACGGGCCCAGCUCGCUGUGCUGAAGUACAGCUCGCACCAGGCUGCUGCCAUGGCCAAGAAGACCCUGGUGGAGGGGAACACGAAGCUCAGUGGGUUGGAGGUGAGGGUGAACUGGUUGAACCCCGACCUGAAGCAGAAGCUGCAGUUGCGUGAGGAGAAGCUGUCGUCCAGCCAGGUGCGAGGGGGCAAGCGCCGGGGGGUCCCCAAGCCUGCGCCCCCCUCCCCGGUGCUGCCCAACGCGGUGGACCGGCUGAAGGCCCUGUGCCAGAGGCAGUACCUGGGCACCCCGCUCUUCCUCACCAAGUGCGUCCAGGCAAACCCCAACGGGUGGCUGCGGUUCUGGUGCCGGGUGGUCAUCCCGGGGUGCCCCGUGCCUUUCAACGGGUUCACGUGGGUCCGGCCGGCCGGGCCAGGCAGGAGCGGGCACGAGGAGGCCAAGGUGGCGAUGGCUCUGCAGGUUCUCCGGGUGCUGGGUGAGUCCUCGCAGGGCAGCGGUGCCAACCCCCUGCCUUUCCCAAAGCAAUCUCCUGGGAGCUUGGAGCUGUGGUGCAUCUAG